AUGGAAGUUUGUCGCUCUCCAGAGCAAUCCAAUGUCACUGCAUACGGUGCCUCGGCUGUGGCUGUCAUCACCUUUGAGGCAUUUGCUGGCAUGUGGAUAAAUGCUUUCAUUGUUUCUGUGACUUGCAUGUCCUGGGUCAAAAGGAAAACCUUGAACUCUAAUGAGAAGAUCUUGCUGUUUCUGGGAUGCUCCCGGUUUUCGGUUUUGUGCUUCUCAUGGGUAUAUUCCUUUUUUUCAAUAAUUUAUCCCAAUUACUUUUAUGUUCCACCCACAAAUACUCUAAUUGUGUCUAUUCAGAACUUUUUUGAGUGUUCCAAUUUGUGGGUUUCAGCCUGUCUUUGUGUUUUUUAUUGUAUAAAAAUUGCCAAUUUCAGGAACAGCUUCUUCAUCUACCUGAAAGUAAAAAUUGACAGGAUGGUGCCCUGGCUCUUGUUGGGGUCUGUGCUUUUCUCCCUGGUUAUUGGAAUCCUUGUCUAUGAUUUCGCUAAUAAACCACACUGUAACAAUUCCACCAGUGAGGGAAAUUUUUCAAAAGUGAGUAUCAGAAUGGAGGAACAUUUUUUGUCUAUUUUUUUAAUCUAUGGCUUUGAGUUUGUCACUUCAUUCACGGCAGUCAUCUUGUCUGCCCUUCUCCUUCUCUUUUCUCUCUGGAGACACAAACGCAGCAUGGAGACAAUGAUGAACCUCAGCAUGGAUGCCCACAUCAAAGCCAUGAAAUUUAUUCUCUCCUUCUUUGUAAUGUACAGCAUCAACUUCACAUGUUUGAUCUUGAAUAUGGUUUAUACCACAGAGAAUGGAAGUCCUGUGAUAUUUCUUAUUUAUGUACUUCUCUACACCUUUACUGUUGUUCAUUCCCUUAUUCUGAUUUUCAGCAAUCCUAAAUUGGAAAAGUCAGUGCUAAGGAUUCUGGCCUGUGUGAAGUGCAAGUUUUGCAUGAGGUAG